GCCGCCGUCCUCCGCGUAGCUUGAGGAGCUGCCAGUGUGUCAUCGAAAUAAGGGCUCCUUUCUUUUUUGUCGGCCUUAGUUGGUUUAGUUGUGCGGUGGGCAAGUGCAGCACCAAAUUGUCGUCUGAUUACGACUACGACGAACUUCCCGUGAUUCGCAUUUUCGAGGCUGUACCGAGUUCCAAUAUCUAUACGAGCAGUGCUGACGUGACGCACUGCAAUCAAUCUUAGGUGUGUUCGGUAGCGGGGAUAGUUAGUUGUGUCCACAAGGUGCUUGAGUAAAGUGAGUGAAAAUAGCAGACACCGCGAAAUCGAAAGAUAAGAAAUCAGCCAGAUAAGUCCCCACGAGCAGCUGAUUUACCGAGCGAAGGCAAGAUGGGUCUGAAAGAGUGCACUAUCGAACUUGAUAAUCCGUACAACACGUACUACGCCGGGCAGACGGUGAAUGGCAAGGUUACAUUUACUUUCGACACCACGAAGAAAGUAAGAGGUAUUGUGAUAAAAUUCACCGGUGAAGCCGAAACCAAGUGGAGCCAGACGGAAACGAAAACCGACCAGAAUGGCAAGACGUACGAGUCAACGACAAACCUCACCGGCCAGGAGGAGUACUUCCAGAUCCAGUACUAUCUGCUGGGGGGCAAGAACGCGGCCGAGAUGGAGCUGAAGCCCGGUACGCACAGCUACCCGUUCACUUGCGCCCUUCCCCCGACGCUACCCUCGUCGUUCGAGGGAGAAUGGGGCUUCGUGCGGUACACCGUCAAGGUGACGCUAGACCGCCCGUGGAAGUUCGAUCAGGACAUCAAGAUGGCGUUCACCGUCAUUUCGCCGGUCGAUUUGAAUCUGAAUCCACGCGUCAAGGAACCGUUCAAGUUGGAACUGGAGAAGACGUUCUGCUGCUUCUGCUGUGCUUCCGGACCGCUCAGCGUGAUCGUGCACAUCCCGGUAACCGGGUUCGUGUCCGGCCAGACGGUUCCCGUGACGGUUGAGUGCGAUAACGCGAGCAACGUUGGUGUGGACCAGAUUACACUCAGCUUGCGCAAACUUCUUGCGUUCCACGUGCACACGCCGCGUCGUGAAACCAAGCGCAAGAAGGAAGUCGUCACCUCGAUCUCGAUGGGACCGAUCCAGGCGGGCAAUAGCCAGACCUGGCAGCAGAACAUCCAGAUACCGCCACUACCCCCAUCGAAUCUGGUCAACUGCGGCAUCAUCGAUGUCGACUACGACGUCAAGGUGGUCGCGGAAGUUUCCGGAUUGCACGCCGAUCUCGACGGUAACAUUCCGAUCGUGCUCGGAACGGUGCCACUCGAGUCGUUCCAGCCACCGCCGCCCUACACGGACAAUCCGCCGGUCGUGCAAAGUGUGAUUACUGCUGCCGAAACCGAUCCUUCAAUGCUACCGACGCAACCGGUCAGCCCGGCCAGUCCACCGUAUCGUGGAGCGGGUGCUGGUGGAGCGCUUGGUUGGAGUGUAGGCGACGGUGCCGUCUACCCGAAUAUACCUCCACCGACGUUCGCAGAAACUGCCUACCGGGCACCAACCAUUUCUGGCAAGAAUGACUCCGAGCACACGCGUCUCGUCGGCGGGGCAGAGUAUGCACCGCGGUAUCCGACGUACGCGUUCAAUCCGACCGCUCCGCCACUGCCAAACUAUUGAUAGCGAUCCACCCGCGUUACAAUGACCGACCCUCGAAAAGGACCCAAAAGGUGGUGGAUUACCGCAUCCUUAUUUCGUGCUUCUCGAAUAUUACAAACGCUUUUUGUAUUCACUCUCGCGUAGUAUAACCCUAUUCAUGUAAUCCAAAAACCUUUUCACGGUGAUUUUCCCUCACACGAUACGAUCGUUUUCAUGAAUAUUAAAAUGAUGUAAGUUUGUGUUUGAGUUGGCAGUUUCGGAAAUCAACUAUUGAACUACGUUAAAUGUGUUGCUAAUCCUUAACUGCCAGCUACAUUUGUUUGAUAAAAUCCAUCGGGAGAGCGAACGGAAGGAAACUCACUUAGUAAGCUAAGCAAGGGGAUACGAAAAAACAUGAAGAUACUGAAUUAACCGCUCGCACUUGCACCUCGGCACAACGUCGUUACCUUCUACGCUUCGAGACAAUUAUGUUGCACAAAAACCAUAGUUUAGGAGUGCUAUUGAAAGCCAUUUCAAACGUUCAUUACCUCAGAAAAGGGCAUAGUAAGGAGAUGUUUGCUGACAUUGCUUAGUUUUUCUUUUGUUCCCAUCUUUCUCUACAAUUUAUGGUGGUUUGAUGCAUCAUCAUACUCUUAUACAUCACACCUAAGGCCGAUAUUAUUAAACAUACUGGCGUCGAAAGAAGUCGGCAUAAUUUUCCUCAAACUUUACAUGCAUUAAAUGCCAUUUUAUCGAAUGCACGCGAAAACUGUGAACGAAAAGGCACUAAAAAGGAAGUAAAAAAAAGUGUAGUAGUAUUAGAUUGCAGUUGCCAAACAGCAAACAAACCCUAGAAGCGUAUCGGCAUGUGAUGCCGACUCGCGGGAGAAAAAAAGCACGGAAACCGUUUGCAGAAACAGUGCCUAGAAGUUUUUUAAAAAUAUUCCCUAGAA